GAAAACAAUUAAUUAGCUCAAACAUUUAAUAUCCUAAGCACUCAGUCCUACUGGAAUAAGAAUUCUCAGGACUCAAUUUCCUAAAAUCUCCUCACUGAACCUUCGCGACGGUCUCUCAAACCUCACUCAGAGUCACUUAAAAUCUAUCUGAUAUCACGAUGUCCCUAGCCUAUUUCAUGGAUAUACCUCCAGACAAACUCAAGACCAAACAGAAUUGUGUCAAAUACUACAGUUUUGGCGAAUGUGGUCAUUACUACUACCUCAAUCCCGACGGCUCACAAUGCUAUGCCUACGGAUCCUGGAAACUAUUUAUCAACACCAAUGGACAGAGACGUUGGAUACCUCUACAGCGAGAAUUCGCCUACAGCCCCGAAAAGAUGAACGCGCGACUUGUAUAUAACUUCUCCGGCCAAUUGAUUUAUCGCGAGACUCGCGACUGUUUGGGCUAUGUCGCGGCUCCCAGUCUCGGUACUUUGAUUAUGCGAUAUAAUCAAGAGGUAGUGCAGGAGUAUCUGGAUACAUUAGAAUGUCGAAUCAAUAGUGUUAUUCGACGUCAGCAUUGGGAGCGAGUCAAGAAGGUUGCGUGGGACGAGAUAAUUUAUUUGGAGUGGAAAACGGGGUUGUGGUAUGGAGAGUGGUUGGAGAAGGAACGGAAGAGGUUGCAGGAUAAGGGACAGUACUCGGAAUAUAAUGUUUGGGUGGAUGAUGAAUUGAAGCGUGUAAUGCGGGAUAACGGUGUGGAGGAUAUUAAGGAGGAGAAUGUUGAAGAGGGGGCAAUCGAGCAGGAGAAUGUCAAGAAAGAGAAUUCCAAGGAAGAAAUCAUCAAGGAGGAACCUACUGAGGAAAUUUUCAUCAAGAUCGAGUUAUCUGACAAGAUAUCCAUGGAAAUGAAAUAUUGAGCGAAGGAAGUUUGCUCA